AUGUUUUAAUUUACAGACAGAUAGAUUUAAAUUCCAGAAAACAAAAGGAAAAAAUCAGAAAUAUCAUCAUUACUCAAUGAGUUAACAAUGGAUUAAAAGAUUUCUCUAUGUGUUGAAAUUUUGGAAAAGAAUCCAGAAUAUCGUAGACCUGAGGAUCUGCAAGUAAAAUGAAUAUUAUAACAAGAUUAUUUAAGCAUUUACAAGCAAGAACAAAUUUCUAAAAUAGAUUCAAGAGGAGGAAGGAGAAGGGACCUUAAGGGAAUGUUACAAAAGAAUGCUCAUUGAGUUUUAUGAUGAAGUAUAGAUGAUAUUGAUAUAAAGAAUUAAGUAGUUUUAGAGUAGGGAGAAAGGGCUCAUUAAUUUUUUAUCAUUUUGAGUGGGAAUGUUUCGGUUUAUGUGUACAGAGAUCCAAAAGUUGAGGUGCGAGAAGAGGAUUUAGAUAAAGCCACUCUAAUUAAAAAAAGGUAUGUCGAUUAGAAAUAUUAGAGAGAUCAUUCAAUACAAAUAAACUCAUUUCAGGGGAGAGUUUUGGAGAAAUGGCAUUAUUAAAUGAUAACUUAAGAUCAGCAAGUAUUAUUUGUGAUAGUAAAUGCAUCUUUGGAGUUCUAAGCAAAAAGGAUUAUAAGGAAAUAUUAUAAAAAGCCCAUGAAAAUAGAGUCAAUCAACAAUUGAAAGAGUUCCAUGGCUGUAUGAAAUAGUACAAUGUUUCCACGAAACUAUUGGAUAUCCUCUUUACUGCUUUUCAGAGUUUCCACUAUUAAUUCAGAUAAACUGUUUAUUUUCAAGGUCAAUAGAGCAAAUAAGAAGUAUAUUUGAUCAAAAGUGGGGAGUUCCUAAUUACAGAAUGCAAUGACAACUUAUCCAGUCCUAAGAAAUGUGUUUCAUCUGUGGCAUUAUUACAAAAAGGCCAAUUCUUUGGAGACCACGAAUGCUUUUAAAAUAUUGAAAAACGUCAAUAAAAUGUUAUCUGCAAUUCUGAAAAUGGGGUUGUCUUAAAAAUUCAACUUAGUAGUUUAAUUUAAAGACUGCAAUCUACGAAUUAGAUGCACUUAUAUGAUUAGUUGCGAAAUGCUUGUUUAUAGAGAGAAUAAGUAAGAUUGGAGAGGAAAUCCAGACAACUGACUCAGGAUGAUAACUAUUUCAUUGAUAUGAAAUACGUUAAAUAAAGAAAUCUAACUUAUCAAGUGAAAAGUGUGCGAUCCGCUAAAAGAAAUACCUUUAGUAUUCGAAGUCCAUUGCAGAUAGCUUAAGAUGUUAUCAGGAACAAAAAGCAAGUCUACUUACAAUUAUAUAAAGAAGAAGAUUAUAGACCUCAAACUUAAUAAAGACUAACAAAUUCAUUCCGACCAAAUAUUUAAUAACUAAGGAGACAGACUUGGGAAUAAUUCUUAAUAAAUGA